CUUCCACGCGAGCAACCCUUGCGCGGUGUCGGUGGCGGUGAAGAAAAAGGGCCACUCAAAACCUUCUGCAGCCCUCACAAUUGAUAGAUCAGCGUGAUUGUGUCGGUGGUGAAGUCCACGGCAUCUGCUGAAGGGAGGAGUGUCUGGACACAGAGUGAUUUACCCCCAAAAGAAUUGCUCAAGAGCCCCGCCGAAAAGAAAAGUCCCAAUCAUCAAUCUGCACAGCGUCUGCAGAGGAGAGAAUCGUGUGUUUGUCCUCAAGGAGAAAACGAAUUUGAGCAUUUGAGACAUUUUCGAAGGACUUUUUACCUCUAAUUACUAUAUAGCAAAAGACAGAGAGAGAAACAGUUGUCUUGGUGUUAAAGCAAUUAUGGUGCUGAUUGUGACUCUGGCUGGAGUGAAGGCAAUUUGAAAGUCAAUCCCUGCUUUAAGGGGGGAGGAAAACAUCCUGUUCCAAGAGUGAUCAAAGCGAAUUUGGGGGAAAAAAAAUGGGGAGUGUUCCAUUGGAAUAAGGUCACACACACCACACACAGUCUUUCACUCCUCGAGUCUGAAUUCUUCAACCCUUGUCUUUUGCCUACAAAGUAGCACUUUGACAACCUCACACCCUCAACCGCCAGCGUCAGACAACAAAAGCUCUUUAGACGAGGAAUAUCAGUGUGUCGAGUGCUUUCUCUCUCUCUCUCCCCGCAAUUCCUAGCCCGAGAACCACCCCCGCGCUUCAUCGUACAUUCCGGGGGAUGCAGAGGAAGCUUCUUCCACAUCACAGAGCCAGUCUGACUGAAUUAUCGGCGGAGCCUCGUGGGGCCCUGGCGAAUGGGGCGUGAUAGAGAAAUGUGUCUCAGUGUUGGCCUAAAGUGAUCUCGAUACUCUCAACACACUGAAAUUCAUCAUCCCCCAGCGGAAAAAAGGGCAGCAGCAGAAAGAACUGCAAUUUCUCAACGGCAGCGUGACAAUUUCUCACAAAUCUGCCGAAGAACAUUUUCCACUCAAUCGUCAAUUUUGCGAACAAUGUGGAAUUAAAAUAUUAUAUAGUGUGUGACAACAAAAAAAUACCACUCCUCUGAAUUACAUAAUCUUCGUGCGCGUCUCUUUUCUCCUCUCUCCUCUCUUUGGGGGGGUGGUUUUCUCGUGAAAAUUUUCGUACAUUUUCACCAAUUCCAAAGAACUGCGAGUGGCAAAGAAGAAGAAGAGAAAAAAACUCUGUGGCAGAAGAAGGAAAAGUGAAGAAUUUAAUAAAAUGUUCCAGUGUGUGGAAAACGUUUAGUGCGAUUGUGAGCUACAAUGAUACAUUCACCACCCACUGUGACCAUUUCAGUGGCAGAAACAUCAGAGGCAAGCAAGCAGCAUCAUCAGUCACCGGAGGAGUGCUUCUGUCAGCAGAAAUUGGGACACUGAGCGCGAGAAGGGGAAAAUUCCACCAAACACUGGUGGAAAUUGUGCAGCGAACGAAGGCACAAUGCAAAUGUUAACCAUCCUGUUGGCAAAUUUUUUACUGAAACUUCAGUAUGUAACAUUUUGAGAAAGCGAUAUUUCGUAUUAAUUACUUCUUAUAAAUGAGAGAAAAAGUCUCAGCGGAGUUCUUGAGGAGUGACACAAUUCCAUUGCAACAUAGCGCGGAUAUGUGAGCUCUUUGCCGACUCUACUGGAUCGAAGAUCGUGUAAAUGAAUUGAAAGUCAGACAAAAGUUAACAUUUAUAAAACCUUAUAAAGUAAAGAAAAAAAAAACACACACAAGCCCAACCAAUACUUGGAAAAAGAAACUAAGUAGAGAGAAAAAAACCUUAGUAAUUAAAUUGAUGAAAGGAAAAGCUUAUGCCAAAGAGUUAAGAUAUACCUGGAUAGAAAUAUUAAGGAAAAAAAACAAAAAUUUUCAAAUUAAAACAAGAAAAACUUUUAAUACAGACAAAAAGAAAAAAAAACCUUAAAUUAUAUAAAGCACUAAAUAUAGAAGUUUUAGGUAAAGAAGAAAGGAAAACUAGCAGAAAAUAACUCGGUUUGAGUGAAGCAAAUUAGAUUCGUGUUAACUCCAUAAAUUUGUUCAACAUCAACCAGAGGAAAAUCGUUAAUUGAUGCGCUUAUGUAGAGUUUAUAUAAAUUGUAGAAAAUAAUACAAAAAAGAUAGAGAGAGAGAGGAAGGCGACAUCGUAAAACCCGUGUAUUAAUAGCAUUCGUGUAAACUGGGUGGUAGAAAUUAACCCUAUUGAAAUGGAUGUCAAAGGAAAAUUUAUAUACGAGAGAUUCGUUGUGAAGAAAUAUCAAUUCAGAAGCUAACUAAAUUUCUUCGAGACAUAAGAAAAAAAAAGUACUAGAUAAGAGAAAGAUAAGAGAAGCAGAAUGAUGGAAAAAAUGUGGUGUGUCAAAGUAGUCCUCAUAAUUCUAUUGAAAUUGGACAAGGCGUUUCUGCAGAAGCUCGCACCCGGCGAAAAUCCCACCUAUUACAACAUCGGCGGUGUUUUGAGUAGUAACGCCAGUGAGACACACUUUGCGACAACAAUUGCGCAUCUCAAUUUUGAUCAACAGUACGUUCCACGGGGAAUUACGUACUAUGAUAAGACGGUGCGGAUGGAUAAGAAUCCAAUUAAGACAGCCCUGAACGUCUGCAAACACCUCAUUUCACAGAGGGUGUACGCCAUGGUGGUGUCCCACGAGCAGAGUGGAGAUCUAUCACCGGCAGCUGUCAGCUACACGAGCGGCUUCUACCAAAUCCCCGUCAUUGGAAUCUCAUCUCGUGAUGCAGCGUUUUCCGACAAAAAUAUUCACGUGUCAUUUCUUCGCACCGUCCCACCGUACUACCACCAGGCGGACGUGUGGCUGGAGAUGCUGAGCCACUUCGGCUACACAAAGGUUAUCAUCAUUCACAGUUCCGAUACGGACGGAAGAGCGAUUCUUGGGCGCUUUCAGACAACAUCACAAACAAAUUACGAUGACAUUGAUGUCCGGGCGACUGUGGAGUCAAUUGUGGAAUUUGAGCCCAAGCUGGAGAGCUUCACGGAGCAUCUUUUGGAGAUGAAGACGGCGCAAUCGAGAGUUUAUCUGCUCUAUGCCAACAAAGACGACGCUUCCAUCAUCUUUCGGGACGCCGCGGCGUUCAACAUGACCGAAGCUGGGUACGUCUGGAUAGUCACGGAGCACGCUCUCAAUGCCAACAACACACCCUUCGGCGUCAUAGGGUUGCAACUGGUUCACGCGCACAGCGAAAAGGAACACAUUCGAGAUAGCGUGUAUGUUUUGGCGUCGGCGAUCAAGGAGAUGCGCCUGAAUGAGACAAUUACCGAAGCUCCGAAGGACUGCGAUGACUCUGGGGCGCUUUGGGAGUCGGGCAAGAGAAUCUUUCACUACCUCAAGACGAGAAACAUCCGCGGCGAAACGGGUCAGGUGGCAUUCGAUGACAAUGGCGACAGGAUCUAUGCUGAGUACGAUGUCAUCAACAUUCGGGACCAUCAGAAGAAGAAGGUCGUCGGGAGCUUCUAUUACGAUGCUGACAAACUGAAAAUGCGUCUUCGCAUCAAUGACAGUGGAAUCUUGUGGCCUGGAAAGUUGCGCCGAAAGCCAGAAGGCAUCAUCAUUCCCACCCACCUGAAGGUGCUCACAAUAGAGGAGAAGCCUUUUGUGUACGUGCGCCGGCUCACUGAGGAGGAACUCUCGUGCGAGGACGAGGAGAUUCCGUGUCCGCACUUCAACGCCAGCGACGGCACGGAGAAUGAGUUCUGCUGCCGCGGCUACUGCAUUGAUCUGCUGCGUGCCUUGGCGCACCGCAUCAACUUCACCUUCGACCUGGCCUUGUCGCCGGACGGCCAAUUCGGCCACUACGUGCUGCGGAACAUGAGCACGACGGGCGUGCAGGUGAAGAAGGAGUGGACGGGCUUGAUUGGCGAGGUGGUGAAUGAGCGAGCAGACAUGAUUGUGGCGCCGCUGACGAUUAAUCCCGAGCGUGCGGAAUUCAUUGAGUUCUCCAAGCCCUUCAAGUACCAGGGCAUCACGAUUCUGGAGAAGAAGCCCUCGCGCUCCAGCACGCUGGUGUCCUUCUUGCAGCCCUUCAGCAACACUCUGUGGAUCCUCGUGAUGGUGUCCGUGCACGUGGUGGCGCUGGUGCUCUAUCUCCUGGAUCGCUUCUCGCCCUUCGGCCGCUUCCGGCUCACCAACACGGACGGCACGGAGGAGGACGCUCUGAAUCUCAGCUCUGCCAUCUGGUUCGCGUGGGGCGUCCUGCUGAACAGCGGCAUUGGCGAAGGCACGCCGCGGAGCUUCUCUGCUCGCGUCCUGGGCAUGGUUUGGGCCGGUUUCGCCAUGAUCAUCGUGGCCUCGUACACUGCCAACUUGGCGGCCUUCCUCGUUUUGGAGCGCCCCAAGACCAAAUUGUCAGGCAUCAACGACGCCCGCCUGCGAAACACCAUGGAAAACCUCACGUGCGCCACCGUCAAAGGCUCGGCCGUCGACAUGUACUUCAGACGUCAGGUGGAACUCUCCAACAUGUAUCGCACGAUGGAGGCAAAUAACUACGCCUCGGCCGAAAUGGCCAUUCAGGAUGUGAAGGAUGGCAAAUUGAUGGCUUUCAUCUGGGAUUCCUCGCGGCUGGAGUACGAAGCGGCCAAAGACUGCGAAUUGGUCACCGCCGGAGAGUUGUUCGGACGCAGUGGCUACGGAAUUGGUCUGCAGAAAGGCUCUCCGUGGACGGAUCACGUGACCUUGGCGAUCCUGGAGUUCCACGAGAGUGGCUUCAUGGAGUCACUGGACAAGCUGUGGAUCUUCCACGGGAAUGCGCAGCAGUGCGAGCAGUUCGAGAAGACGCCCAACACGCUGGGACUGAAGAACAUGGCGGGCGUGUUCAUCCUCGUGGGAGCUGGAAUUGUGGGUGGCAUUGGGCUCAUCAUCAUCGAGGUGAUCUACAAGAAGCACCAGAUAAAGAAGCAGAAACGCAUGGAAAUUGCCAGACACGCAGCCGACAAGUGGCGUGGAACUAUUGAAAAACGAAAAACCCUCCGAGCAUCACUGGCGAUGCAGCGUCAAUACAACAUUGGCCUUAACUCAACGCCGGGAACCAUCAGUCUAGCCGUCGACAAGCAUCCGCGCUAUCCGCGCCUGGGUCCGCGCGGACCCGAGCGCGCCUGGCCCGGCGACUCGGACCUCGUGAGGAAUCGCCGGCUGGAGGAGAAAGGUUUCAAGGCGCCACCCAAGUACUCACCCGCCUACACGUCUGACGUGUCCCACCUGGUCGUGUAACUCCAUCAGCAGAUUCUCCAUCGGCGGGAAGCCCCAGACUUCGUCCUGUCCCCAAAGUCAUCAAAGUACAAAAGGAACUUUGCUCUUGUUUCUCCCCCCACCCCCCCUCCUUCUGUGCCCCGCGCGCGCGAAGGAUUCCAUGCGGGGUAAAUUCAAUGUUUCACAGUCACUGACUCUCCCUCAAACUAUCAAUCGCAUCAGUGUGGUAUUGAGAAAAAGCAAUAUAUUGUCACAAUUUUCACAAAACAGCAGCGGCGGAAGAUGGGCUUCCCCGGGUAUUUAAGCAUCCCAUAAAGAAAUCAAAAUAGGAAGAAGGAAAAACCUGUAAUAUAGCAAAGAAAAAACCCUUUGAAACUCGUGUAAGAAAACACACAAAUUCAUUGAAAACUGCCAAAGAUUUUCCGUAAAAAAUUCAUGUAGAUAAAUUAUUUAGUGUGUGGAGAAAAGGGGGAUUAAUAAAACCAAAAGGAAUUUGUAUAAAUAAAAAUUGCAGCGUCAGAGAGAGAGAGAUUUUCCAUCCCCGCCAAAGUGGAAAGUCGCGAUGAUGAACAUAUAACACUACUUAUAGAGAAAAAUUUGAUGUGAAGUGUGAAGAAAUAUUAUGUAUUAAAGAAAAAAAAAAACAAAUUAUACAUAUAUUUUUUGAAAAAACUAUUAAUGGAAGGCCUAUAAGUUAAUUAUUGAUAUAAAUUUAAUGCAUAUUUAUUUACUAGUUACAUAAAAAUUGCGGUUGUAGAUCGUUGAAAAAAGAGCCGUAAUUUGUUUGAAUUCAAAUGAAAUGUCAUUGAAUUUUAGUGUAUUUUUGAGAGAAAAAAAAUGCCAUAAACCAAGGGUUACUCAAGUGGGUGAAAAAUGGUUUCCAUUCUUCAAAUUUCCAUUUCCAUUCGAUCUAUUCCAGUUCAUUCCAUCCAUUCUUCGGAAUAUUCUUUCCCUUUGAGACUUAUUUGAAAUUGUGUACGCGAAAUCGUCUCAGAGAGAAAGAUUUUUGCACAAAUUCCAUCGAAAAUCUUCCACAUUAGAGAAUUUAGGACAAGAUUUUGAAGUGUCGCGGAUUCGAUUCUCCUUCAAUUCGUUUUUUUCGCUACUUUUCUUGCCUUUUUCCAGCAUUUUCCUUCAUUUUAUAGCUUUUUAUCAGCAGUUUUUCCUCAAUUUCUUCAAAAAUUGUCUCUAAAAACGCAAUUUGAUGGCCGGAAUUGCUUUUCUUUCACUAAAUUUUUACUCCUAAAUUAUUUUCAAAGCUUCAAUCUUUAUUUGGGGGCUUGAAAUUAUUUUAAAUGUUGUAAAUGCUAUAAAAACUUUGAAAGUUUUUAGGAAAUCAUAGAGAAAUGUGUGAAAAUGGAAGGAAAAUGGCGCGAAAAUGCGAUUUUAGUAGAAAAAAAUCUUUUAUUCUGACAGGAAAACGGAAAAUUUACAACAAAUUCUGCGAAUUCCUUCAGUUUUUUAUGUUUUAUUCUGUCAAGAAUUUCAUCCAUUCCUUGAUAUUCCUGCUGAAGUGUGGUUCGUCCAUUCUUCACUUGCGCAAUCCUUGCCAUAAACAAAUAGAAAAUAUAUUAUUAAAAAAUUUAUUUUUUCUUUAAAUAAAACAAUAACAGAAAAUCAUCUUACAGUUUUUUUUAUGUAUUGCAUUUUACUACAAAUUACAGAAAGAAAAACAGGUAGAAAUGUCGUUUUUAAUAUUAAACAAGAGAUGAAGAAGAAACAUAAAAAAUUACACAACAUUUUUAACGUUGGUUUUUUUUCACUACGCAAAAUGUAAAUAAAGAUAGAAUUUACGCAAAAGUGUUUAACAAAACUACACUCAGAACAAAUCUGUCGGUUGUACGGAAUUUCCAAGAAGAAAAAAUUCAAAAACUUGAAACAUAAAUAUUUCUGUCAUAGGAAAAAAUUACUGAAAUCAAUAUGCAAAUAAACAAACAAAAAAACAACAUAAUUCUUCAACAAAAACACUGGAACAAAAGUCAUGUUAACGAAAGGAAUGAAAUGAUCGAAGGAUGAAUAUUACCUAGACUUAAAAAAAAGAAAAACUCUCUAAUGUACAAUAAAGAAACACGUAAUAUUCAUUAAGUGUUUAAUAAAAUGUGAAAAAGAUUAACAAGAAAAAAAAACACCUAUAAAUAACAAUAAUAAAAUUGAAAAUUAAUAGAAAAAAAACAUUCUCGUUGUCUAUUUUGAGACAUCCACAAUUUCGCAUUGAGUAGCAAAAAGAAGAAGAAAAACAGCAGCCAAAGAGAACAAUUUAAAACAAAUAAAAAAACCCGGGAAGAAAUAAAUACAGACAAAUUAAUGGAGCAAUUCUGAGUGAAACACAAAAAUGUUAAGGUUUUAAUAUCGACGGGUGAAGAGAAAACGAGUUGAUAGUGUUAAAAUAACUCCAAAUCAUUCGUUAAACUGUUAAUAUUUACUUGAUUUUCUUGAAAAUUCCUAGUAUUUUUGGACUGAAAUUAUGUCAAACUUAAGAGAUAAAUCAACUUUUUUUUAUAUUAUUAAUUAAUUUUUCUUCAGAAUUUUCAUGUGGAAAAAAUUAAAAGAUAUGACAAAUAUUUUAUUUAAUUCAAAAUUUAAGAAUAUUAUAGGAAA